AUGAUGCCAAAUGCUCGAUUGAUACUUGAGCGAAUUAUAUUUAUAGUAACAUACAUAGGAACAAUAUAUACUUUUUGGAAUUAUAUGAAUAUAUACAAUACCUCGAUAAAAUGUUACAGUUUUUUGGCUCUUAUAGUUAUAUAUACUGCAUCUUAUAUAUUGGCAAUAUUACCCGAAGUAAUUAAUUCGAUUAAGGAUGAAUUAUUUUAUAAAACUCGAAAAAAUAAAAUUUAUUCACAUUCAUUAAGAAAAGAUGAAGUUCCAAAAAAACGAAAAAAAAAGGAUAAUAAUAAAGGAUUAAAAUUCUCCAAUUCCAUUGAUACAAAUUUAUUAUAUAUUCAUCAGGGUAAUAUUAAAUAUGAGUAUAUAAAUAGAGAUAAUUUAAGAAUGCACAACACAUGGAAUAAUAUAGAAGAAAAUGAAAUGAAAAGUCUAGAAGAAGGUAAUUACAGUAGUGAAUAUAAUAGUGAUAAUGAGGAACGUAAAAAAGAAAAAAAUAUAUACCAUGGAAAAAUAAAUGAAAACAAAAUAUAUGGCGAAGAAAACCAAACGAUGGAUGCUGAACAAAUGGACUACCAUGCGAAUAAAGGAGAGCAUAAUAUGAAUGAUGAAAUAAAUGAUUACAUUUUAAAAAAAAAAGAGAAAAAUAAAAAAUAUAUAAUAGAUAGCAUUAAAGAUAUUGAGGAUAUAUUUAACGAUGGUCAAACAAAAACGCUAAAAAUGAAAGACCAAAUGAUUCAGUUUAUAGAGUUGAAUUGUAUGGAUAGCGAAUUAGAAGAAGCAAAUGGAAAUGAGAAUAAUCAUAAAACCUCAAAAAAGGAUUUCUAUACAAUGGGAAGCAUACAAAAUAUGAGCAAUAUGAUUAUUUCAAAUAAUAUGAAUAGUAACGAAGAUCAAAUGAUAUAUAAUAAAAAAUAUCAAUUGAAUGAUUUAAACUCAUAUAUUCAUAUGUCACUAAAAGACAUAAAACGAUCAAAUGAGUCUUUUUUAUACGAUGUGAAAUAUUUAAAUGCAAAGACACUCGAUUUUUUAACAGAUAAUAGAGAAUUAAGUCUAAUGUGGAAAGCAGAUACCAUACGAGCGAAACGAAAACAAAAAAAACGAAAGUAUAUAUAUUUCAUGUUUAAAAGUGGAAAGGAUAGUAUUUUGGGAUUGGGUAAUAGCUAUUUUUCUUGGUUCAAACCCAAUGGAGAUAAGUAUGUACUAGAUAGUUUUUAUGAAAGAAAUAAACAAGUAAAAAAAGUUAAACCUUUUUCACGUUGGCAUAAUUUAUUACUAAAAAUAAUAAUAGAUAUAAAAGUAACAUAUUUAAAUUUUUGCAAAAAUUCAUCUUUUCUUAUAUCUGAUUUAAUAGUUACAAUAGCAUUAUUGCUAACAUGGAUUGGCGCAUAUAAUUAUUUUCGUAGAAAUGAUCCUUUAACGGAUCAUGGUAUGUUUAAUUGGAAUACAGAUCAUUUGCCUAAUUUGUAUAUAACUAUUGAAGGAUAUUUACAAAGCAUAAUAUUAUAUGAUAUAUGUGUAAAACUUAUAUUAUUUUUUACAUCACAUCAUAUGUUUAGUUUUUGGUUUGUAUUGAACAUGCUAAACACCCCUUUUUUAUACAUAUUAAUAUCGAAGUUUACAAUGGUAAAAUAUGAAAGAUAUGGGUGGUUAUAUUUGACUGGGCCUUUUAGAUUUAUAAACAUUUUAAGAAUGGAAAAAUUAUUUGUAGAAAAUACCAACCGUUAUAAUAAGCUAAAUUUGCCUAUAAUUACAUUGUCUAUGCAUAUAAUUAUCCUUAUUUAUACCUACGCUUGUAUACACUUAUUAAUUGAACAACCAUGCAAAGGAGACUAUCAAUUAUAUGAUUAUAUAUUUUCAGUUAUGCAAACAUUAACUACAGCUGCAUUAGGAAGAGGCACAUGCUUCCCUUUUUCGUUGGAAUCCAAAAUUGUACAUAUAUUUUAUAUUUGUAUGGUAUUUACUUAUUUACAUUAUAAGAUUCGAUAUUUAAAAAAUCAUUUAGUAGAAGAUAAACAAAUAUAUGGAAAAAUUCCUAGUAUUAGAUCGAGAUAUUUUGUAAUAAUUGGGCAUAUUAAGCCUAUUGCUUUAUAUGUUAUAAUAAAUGAAUUACAAUCAACUUAUAACAACAUUGAUGAUAUAAUAAUAUUAACAAGUUUACCUGUUAGAUUUUAUUUAAAUAUUAUUAAAUUAUUAAAUAAAAAUGGGUUAAUACAAAUCAGUUUGUGUAGAUAUGAUUUAAACAAGCCAUUUCCAUUAACUAUUAAAAAAAUUAUAUCAUACAGUAUCGGAAUAUUUAUAUGUAAUAAUAUUGUGAAUACAUAUCAUAAUAUUAAUAAUGAUAUGGAGACAUUAAAAAGAUAUAACGAAAUAAAAUCACUUGGUCCAUUUAAUAAAUACACAUCUGUUCUUUUAAAUAAUAUGUGUAAUUAUAAUAUUUUACUUAAAAAAAAUUAUAGAAAUAUUAUAUGUCUAAAUGAUUUAAAAAUGAAACUUUUUGCAAAAACAAUGGAUGAUUGUCCAGGCAUGUUUUUGUUAAUUCUUCUUCUUUUCAUUAAUAUUCCUCAGAAGAAUCAAUCAAAAAGUACCGAUUUAUUGAAGAAUUAUUUUGAUGAAAUUAAUUUAAACACUGGUUCAGAAAAUGAAAAAAAAUCUAGAAAAAAAAAAUUAUAUCGUUGGAAAAAUAGCACAAAUGAGAAAAGUAAAAAUGAUAAAUUGAAACGGUCUCAUACAUCGUUAGGUAAUAAUCACAAUCAAGAAAAAGGGAUAAAAAAUUUUGAAAAUAAGAAAAAUAAUAACUAUAAUAUUGAAAUAAUUGAAGAUGGAAAAAAUAAUAAUUAUGAAAAAAUCAAAGAUGUAGAUUUAAAAGUAAUAGAUGAAAAUACACAGAGAAAAGCUAAUAAAAUAUCGGAAAAUAUAAAAAAAGAAAAAUAUAUAUUCAACAUAUUUUCUAAAUUUAAUAAAAAUAAAAAAAGAAUGUCUUUAUUUCCAUAUAUGAGAAAAAAUAUAAAAAAAAAAUUUUUUAAUAACUCAAACAAUGAAUAUAGUUAUCAUUACAAUUCAUAUAAUAAUUAUUUAGAUUAUAUAAAAGGGAUUAAAUAUAAUAUAUAUAAAAUAAAACUACCAACUUUGUUUUUUGAUCUUUAUUUUACAACUAUUGCUCAUUAUAUGUAUAUGAAUUAUAAUGCUUUUGUAAUUGGAAUAAUUAAUGAAUAUUCUGAAAUUAAAUUAAAUCCUAUCAAUUAUAUUUACAAAAAUGAAGAUGUUCAAUUUAUUUUGUUAACUGAUAAAUAUAAUAUUUUGCAAAAAAUCCAAAAUAUUAAAAGUAUACAAUUCGAUUGGAAUAAUAAUAUAGAAUCAAUAAAAAUAAAAAUUAACAAACAAAAAGAUGCCAAGAAAAAAUUGGAUAGUAAUAUAACGAAUAAAUCUAUUGAUAAAAGUUGUAAUAACUAUUAUAAUAAUAUUAAAAAACUAAAAUGUGAUAGUAGUGGAAAGUAUUUUGAUCCAGUUUUAAAUAUAUUCAGAGUAGAUAAUUAUUUACAAGCUUUAGAAAUAUUUAAGUUAAGAGAAAAGCAAAACAAUCACAUGAGAUCAUCUAGUAAUGAAACAUGUUAUUCUGAUGUCGAUAAUAAAAUGAAGAAAAAUAAAAAUGGAAUAAGAAAUGUGUCUAAUAAAUUUGAGAGUUAUGAAAAUGCUAGAAAAAUCGUAUCUCUUAGUAGUAUGGCGGAUUUAGAAGCAGACAGCCGGAAAAGUAAAAAUGAUAUACCGAAAAGGAAAACUUGUAAAAAGUACACCCCAAAUUUCAUGAUUUUAAUAAACUGGGCUCAAUCAUUAAAUACGUUUUUAAAAAUAUUGUACAAACGAAAAAAACAUAAUAUUAUUAUACUAAGUGAUAAUGUUCCUGCAUAUAUAUACAAUAACAAUUUAUCAAAAUAUAAUAUAUGUUAUAUACAAAAAUCACCAUUAAUUAUGUUCAACUUAAUUAUUGCAGGAAUAUUAGUAUGUAAAAAAUGUGUAAUAUUUAAAAAUUAUUUAAAAUUAAACUCAUAUGAAAAUAUAAUAUCUCAUAAUGAAAAAACUGGAUUAAAUUAUUUUGAAUAUAUGUGUAAAACUAAUGAUAAUGAUGCAAUUAUAAUUUUUAAUAAUAUACAAAAUAUAUUCAGAAGAAGAGAUAAAAAGGAUGCAUAUAUCGAUUUUUUUAUUAAUGAAAAUAAUAACUUUAAUGCAUAUAAUGAUUAUUUAAAAAAAAAAAUGUCUAUGAAAAAUGAAGGAAAUACUUAUGAAGACGAAGAAAGAAAGAAAUUAUUAAAAAAAAUAAAAAAAAAUGAUAAUAAAAACAAACGAAAAAACAAUAUAUAUCUUUUAAUAGAAUUAAAUAAUACAUUAUGUAUACAAUAUUUAAAUAACGACGCAUACACUACGGUUAAUGUCAUGAAAAGCAAGUUGCAUCACCUUAAUAUGCAUAUAGCACACAAUUUAUUAUUCAUUGAAAAUUAUAAAAGACAAAUACUGUUUUUUAAAUAUGGGAAUUUAUUAGUAGAAAAUGUUUAUAAAAAAAUCGAGCACAUAUUUGUAGACAAUUAUUAUUUUUAUCUAUACUUUUUACAGUUCACUUCAUCAAGUGUAUUUGUUGAUGAACUUAUUUAUCAUUUAAUUGGAUACACAUUUCCUAUCAAUAAUAACUCCAUAGAUAUUUCAAUAAUCGAAUCCUUUAUACAUGGAACUUAUUCCACCGAAAAUAAAAAGUUUAAGACAAAUUUAUUGCUGAAAAACAUUAAGUCAAAAUAUCACGGAGUUGAGUUUUUCUGCAUAUUUCAGAAAUAUCUUAAGAAAGGGGCGAUAAUAAUCGGAGUUUAUCGGCUCAACGAAGAUAACGACAUGAGCGUAGUUAUUCCAUGCCCUGAGAGGAAUUUCAUUAUGCACAAAACUGAUAGGGUGUAUGUUAUACAAAGUGAGUACAAACCCUAG